UCUGUACGAAUCCAAAAGUCUAUCUAGAAAAUCUUUACAGUCUGUGAUAAGCUGAACAAAAACUGACAUGGAACUUGUGGAAAAGAUUGAUGACCAGGGCAAUACCCUUAUAUUCAAGCGAUACCAAGGUCGAACCUUUAGUAAGAACAUGCGUGGUAAUGUCGGUGACCAACUGAAGCAGGUAGCGUCUUUAAGCUGUAGACCACAUGAUGUGUUACUGUGCACAUUUCCAAAAUCAGGCACACACUGGGUGUACAACAUGGCCAGAAUGAUACAGACCAAGACCCUGCGCUACUCUGGAACUCCUGUGAUUAUAGAACAAGAAAAUAUCAAAGUAGUAGAUGAAACGAGUUCACCUAGGAUGUUUCAUACUCAUCUUCCAUUCCCAUUUAUUCCUAAGGCGGCGAUGGAAGGACAAAUGAAAAUAAUUUAUGUGCUUCGAAAUCCAAAGGAUGUUGCCUACUCAUACUACAUGUUUUUGUCCAGGCUUGAAAACUCCAGCUACAUUGGCAGCUUUGACCACUACCAAAAAGUCUUCUUGUCUGAAGAAACUACGGCAUCUGGCGGAUCAUGGUUUACUCAUACGAAGGAAUGGUACACUGGGAUGUUAACAAAUCAGAGUUUGAAGAUAUUGUCGCUCAGAUUUGAAGAUCUGAAAAAGAACUUAUACCAAAAUAUCUUGCAAAUAGCAGAGUUUCUUGGAGUUGAUCACGAUGAAACUUUCCUGAGGAAUGUUGAGCGUGCUGUGUCAUUUGAGAACCUGAAGGAGAAACAUGCAACGAUUUUGGGCGAAACCGAAAGAUACAAGAGUCUUGGAGAUAAUGGAAGACUACCGAUUUAUCGAAAAGGAAUUGUUGGUGAAUGGAAGAACGUGUUUACUGUAGCCCAAAAUGAAACUUUUGAUGCUGUAUACAGAGAGAAGAUGGGCGAUGUGGGAUUGAACCUUGAAGUUGAAUACGAAUGA